UUUACAACAAAGUUGCACGUCAUUGUAACGUUCAAUAAAACUCGACACUUAGCAUUGGUCGAAACUCGAGUCGAUGUUCGCGGUCCUCUUAUAGUGUUGUAACGGAGAAAUCGUCAGUGUGCGUGCGUCUAAGAGCAAGUUAAAAUGUUGCGUAUGGAGACGAGUCUGCGUAGAAUCGCGCGACAUGACGAGCCAGAGUUCAGUUGCGCGAGCAUUUUGAACAGCAUGGAAAGAUUCGUCAAGACCGUCAGCGAGAUGGAAGAAACGAUCUUGAUACCGAGAAGACUGUUGGAUCUGGCUGUUGGUGAUGCUGGUGAUACGAUUCGUUUGAAAGCCGGCAAUAACGUGAAAGAAACGUUAGCCAAUACGGAUUUGUAUCGUUUGUAUCACAUCGUCAAUCAGAUGAAAGUCGAAUUGCUCUGGUCGAAGGAGGAUCGUAUCCAAUCUCGGGAAGAGGAAGAUGCCGAUAAAUCGGUCCUUGUUUAUCAAAUGAAUACGGAAACCGCCAAUAGAUUAGGACACGCUCGUUGUCCAAGCACUACCUCGAUGCAAAGCAUACAGAGCGCAUCCUCGAUCGCGUCUUCUCUUUCAUCCGAUUCCGAGUCGGAUAUCGGAGUCGAAAAUGAUUCCAGUCUAGAGAACGAGGAGUGCAUCGAUCUAGCUAAUUCUAUUGCCAACAAUUUCAGACAUCAUUUACGGGGACUUCAUCGUAGUAUCAACAGGAUGACGGAUGUUGCCCAAUAUCUUACGCUUCGAUAUCAAGUCGACGUAGACGGCCAAAUCUGAUUUGGUAGUUGUUCUAUGUUUCGAUAAGUUUAACGACCAUUGAUCGCAUAUAAACUUGAAAUAAGUUUAUUCUACUUUUGUCGACGCACGAACAUUCAGAUUAUUCAAAUGCAUCUUCGAGUUCAACGAAGCGAGAUCAUCUCACCUCGAAUCUAACUUAGGACGUCUCACUUAGUACCACUUAAUAAAAAAUCAUAUAAGAUUUUAUUGUUGAAACUACCUAAGUAAUUAUGUUGUUAUCUAUCGACGAAUUUUAUAUAACUUGAAGUGCACAGAAAAUAUAAUCAAAUAGGUUUGGGACUCUUUUUUCUGUCGUGUGUUAAUUCUUUACAAAAGUUUAUAUGGUCAAGCUUACAAAAAAUAUAUAAUUAACAUCGAUUGGCUCUUUAGAAAAGAGUAUCGUAAUAUAGAUUUUUUUCUUUUACAAAUGGUCGUUGCUGUCGAAGCAUUAUUAUUUUUUAAGUUGAUGAAUUAUAUUGGAAGAUAUUGAUAAACCAUGGGAGUUCAUUGAUAUAAAUAUUUUGCGUUAAAAAUUUCCUGUUAAAAAAAAAAAAAAAAAAAAAAAAAAAAAGAAAGAAAGAAAGAAAGAAAAAGGACGUAAAAAAAAGAAGGAAUUCGUCUUUCGGCAUGAUUCGUAAUAAGAGUUCGUGUGUCGAUUAGAACAUUCAUAAAAGAAUGUAAGAUUACUGCAUUGAAAUUAUCACAAGCGCUAUAAUAUUUCUACCAAGAUUACUAGCGAACUUAAUGAACAUUCCAUACAUAACAUCGUUUCAAAAUCGACUGAUUUCACUUUAUAGCAAGCAAAAUCGAGUAAUAUGUAUUUGAAAAUUCAAUUAAAAUCCGAAUAAAUGAAGCAAAAAAUA